AUGCAGUUCACCACGCUCGCCGUCACCCUCUUUGCCGCCGCCAGCGCCGUCGUUGCCGCUCCGCUCGAGCGCCGCGACGGUGGCCAGGCCACCUACUUCUACCAGGGCGGCAACCCGGGCGCGUGCGGCAACUACCACUCGGACGACGACCGCAUCGUCGCCGUCAACUCGGCGCAGUACAACCAGGGCCUGUGCGGCAAGUCGAUCUGGAUCAACCACAACGGCAACACGGUCGAGGCCAAGGUCGCCGACGAGUGCCCCACGUGCGCAUGGGGCGACCUCGACCUCUCGGUCGGCGCCUUCAAGGCCCUCGCCAACAUGGACCAGGGUCAGGUCCCCAUCUCCUGGAACAUGUAA